AUGGUUUGGUAUCAGCAGCAACAUUAUUCGUCUUAUGAUUGUAUGCAACAAAUGAUAACACCAUCAUCAACAUUUCAUUAUGAAAAUGUUCAAGAAAAUGAAUAUCUCCAUCAUACAGCAAAUACGAUACAACGACGAUGGCCAAAUUGUAUUGACGAUAGAAAAGCAAAAUCUCGUGUGGCUGCUAAACAUCGUCGUAGUGCUGAAAAUAAAGAAUUUACCGAUUUAUCAAAAUUAUUACCAUUACAACAACAAAUAGCGACACAAUUAGACAAAGCAUCAAUUAUAAGAUUGACAAUUAGUUAUUUAAGAUUAAAUACAUUUUGUCAAAAAGGUGAUCCACCUUGGCCAUCAACAACAACAGAUACCAAUUAUUCAUCAAUUUCAUCUAGAAAACGAAUUUUAAGUAUAUUAGGUGCCGACGAAGGAUGCCAACUAUUACAGUCAUUAGAUGGUUUUAUAUUUAUUUUGGCUGCUGAUGGAAGAAUAUUAUAUAUAUCUGAAUCUGUUUCCAGUAGUCUUGGUUUAUCAAUGGUUGAAAUGACUGGAAAUCUUGUGUUUAACUAUGUACAUGAAGAUGACAAGAAAUUGUUUGCAGAUAAUUUGGGUUUUGAAAUUUUACCGCCAGAUUCACCAAUGGCAAAUGUCGAAUCAGAUUAUCAGGAAUCAAUUGGAUCUUUAGUAGAACAAUAUCCAAAAAUGCAAGUUUCUGGAGAUGGAAAAUUUUUAAAAAAGUCAUUUUGUAUACGAAUGAAAUCAAAUUUAACCAAACGUGCACCUAAUAUGAAAACAGCUGGAUACAGAUCUGUACAAAUCGUUGGUGAAUAUAGAUGGCUUCAUCCAAAUUAUCGAAAAUCUGAUGCUAAUAAUACAAAUCAUAUCAUCGGUUUUGUUGGUACUGCUUUAAUACCUUGUUUAAGUCCAUCACUAAAUGAAUUUAUAAUUCCUGAACAUCAACACGUGAUAAAAUUGAAUCAGUCAAUGCAUAUUAUGCAUAUUGAUGAAAAAUUACAAAGAAUUUUAAACUGGGAUAUUUCACCAUCAUGUCAUAAUCUCUCGUUUUAUCUAUACGUACAUCAAACUGAUUUAUCAACAUUGACUACGGCUCACAGAGAAUUGUUAACUCGUCAACAGCUAGUUUUGAAUUUAAUUCGUCUUCAGACAAAUAUUAUUGGCCAUGGAAAUCAUAAAAAUCAUAUCGUAGGUCAACAGUGGAUAUGGUGUGAUAUUUUAGCAACAUUAAUGACAACAAAAACGACUGAUGAGAACUUUAUUAUCUUAGUAAUAGAAGUGCUCGGUCUUGAUGAAGGAUUGACGACACAACUAAUUGAUGAAGUAGCGGAGAAUGAUUACGUAAAACGAAUUUGUCGAACUCCACCAUUGACGUCUACUGAAUCCGAAAAUACACGAUCAUCAUCCAAUUUUGCCAGUCAUAAGUCCGUGUCCGAACAUACAUCGUCAAACAACUAUGAUACAUCUUAUCCAUCAUCGUCUACAAAUAGUUCAUAUUUUCCAAAUCCAGUUACUCGUCAUACGUCAACAUCGAGUUCAAAUUCAAGUCCAUCACCGGUGCCCGCACUAUCAUUGCCUCGAAAUGAUCUACAAGUGCCAUUAUCGUUGACGACAAAACAAACACGUCCAUCAGUAAUAACUAAACGUAGUUUUAAUCGUCAUUCAUCUCUCAUCCAUGAUGUAAGACCAUAUCAUAAGCAACAGUAUGAAAAUGAUAUGAUGAACAAUAAUUAUUUCAUUGAUUCAAAUAACUCAAAUUAUUUUCCAUCGGAUGAAUUUCAUCAGCAACCCCAUUAUCGUCAUCAUUGUCAAUAUGAGCCCGCAAAUGAUCAGUCGUGGUACGAUGGAAAUAGUAUAGGACAUGAUCAGUAUAAUAUCAUGUAUUCACAGAAUGAACAACAACAUCAACAACUAAAUUACACAUUCGACUAUAUGAACUCAUAA